AGCUCUGGGAGAAGGGUGCACCUUUUCAGUGAGGUGCCGUAUUUCCGUGUUUUGCACUUAUCUCCAUGGGGCUUGCUACUGCAGUACCUGGAGCUCAUUAUUCAGAGGCAGGCAUUGCAGCCUCAGUGUUCGUGUUACUUCUGAGGCAGAGCCUCAUUUUAAUAGAGGAGCUGUGGAACAGCAGACAAAGAGAGCAGGCUCAGCAGCAGCAGCCACAGCAGCCCCAGCAGCAGACACCUUCGAACAAGCGGCCCAGUAACAGCGCUCCGCCCCCAACCCAGCUGAAUAAAAUCAAGUACUCAGGGGGACCCCAGAUUGUGAAGAAGGAGCGCAGGCACAGCUCUUCGCGCUUCAAUCUGAGCAAAAACAGGGAACUGCAAAAACUCCCAGCCCUCAAAGAUGCUCCUCCCCACGAGCGAGAAGAGCUUUUCAUCCAGAAGCUGCGGCAGUGCUGCGUUCUCUUUGAUUUCAUCUCUGACCCCCUCAGUGACCUGAAGUUCAAGGAGGUGAAGCGAGCAGGGCUCAAUGAGAUGGUGGAAUACAUCACACACAACCGUGAUGUUGUCACCGAGGCCAUCUAUCCUGAAGCUGUUAUCAUGUUUUCAGUGAACCUCUUCCGGACACUCCCACCCUCGUCCAAUCCCACAGGAGCAGAAUUUGACCCUGAAGAAGAUGAGCCUACAUUAGAGGCUGCCUGGCCACACCUUCAGCUGGUGUACGAGUUCUUCCUCAGGUUCCUGGAAUCACCUGACUUUCAACCAAACGUAGCCAAGAAAUACAUUGACCAGAAGUUUGUGCUGUCUCUGCUGGAUCUCUUUGACAGUGAAGACCCCAGAGAACGAGACUUCCUAAAAACUAUUCUGCACAGGAUCUAUGGGAAGUUCCUUGGUCUGAGAGCAUAUGUGAGGAGGCAGAUCAAUAAUAUAUUUUACAGGUUCAUCUAUGAAACAGAGCACCACAAUGGGAUUGCAGAGCUGCUGGAGAUCCUGGGAAGCAUAAUCAAUGGGUUUGCUUUGCCUCUGAAGGAAGAGCACAAGAUGUUCCUCAUCAGAGUCUUGUUACCACUGCACAAAGUGAAGUCUCUCAGUGUGUACCAUCCACAGCUGGCAUACUGUGUUGUACAGUUCUUGGAGAAAGACAGCAGCUUGACAGAGCCAGUGAUUGUGGGCUUGCUGAAGUUCUGGCCAAAAACUCACAGUCCCAAAGAGGUGAUGUUUCUAAAUGAGCUGGAGGAGAUCCUGGAUGUGAUUGAGCCAUCCGAGUUUGUGAAAGUUAUGGAGCCCUUGUUCAGGCAGCUGGCCAAAUGUGUCUCCAGCCCACACUUCCAGGUGGCAGAGCGAGCGCUGUACUAUUGGAACAACGAAUAUAUCAUGAGCCUGAUCAGCGACAAUGCAGCCAAAAUCCUCCCCAUCAUGUUUCCAGCGCUCUACAAGAACUCCAAGAGUCACUGGAACAAGACAAUUCAUGGGCUAAUCUACAAUGCACUGAAGCUCUUCAUGGAGAUGAACCAAAAGCUUUUUGAUGACUGCACACAGCAAUACAAGGCAGAGAAGCAGAAGGGAAGGUUCAGGAUGAAGGAACGAGAAGAAAUGUGGCAGAAAAUAGAGGAGCUGGCUCGGCUGAACCCCCAGUACCCCAUGUAUUACGCACCCCUACCCCUGCCUUCCGUGUGCUGCAUGGAAACGGAGACCCCCACCGCAGAGGAUAUCCAGCUGCUGAAGAAAACGGUGGAGACGGAGGCUGUGCAGAUGCUGAAAGACAUUAAGAAGGACAAAGUUUUGCUGCGCCGGAAGUCUGAGCUUCCGCAGGACGUCUACACUAUAAAAGCCUUGGAGGCCCACAAGAGAGCAGAAGAGUUCCUCACCUCAAGCCAGGAGGCUCUCUGACGGGCUCAGGAGCUGGCCCAGGAAGCUCUGCCCCAUCCCUUUCCUCCAGGGGUCAUGGAAAUGCACUCGGUUCUCAUGUAUAAGUAAGGAAUGAACAUGGUGAGCUGUGCCUGUCCUCCACUCCAUCUGCAGACCUCCAGGGUAGAUCUGGUUUUAUGUUAUAACUUGUAUCUCACCACUGUCCUGUCCUCCCGCUUUUUCUCCGUCCUGCUGCUUUUCCACCUUGGCUGUGCAAGUGUGAAGGGAGCCUGCCUGACCUCUGCUUGUGUCAGUGCAGGCGGGACUCACUUCACAGUGAGCUGCCACCCGAUUCUGACUCUGCCAGGAGCCAGAGCCUUGCUCAGGCUCUGUUGGCAGAGCCUGCUGUGCGUGGCUCAGUGCUGCUCCAAACUCCAAGUGCCCAUCUCUGCCACCCCUGCCCCUGGCUGCCUGUGCAGCUGAGCCCUGCCAUGGUCAGAGGCCAGGCUGAGCUUGGGGCAGAAGCAGAGUUUGUGAAGGCUCUGCUGCCUCUCCAGCCCGCCUUGGGGUGCAGCUCCACAGCUGAAGGGUGUUAAUGGACAGCGGAGAAAACGUUUACUUCCACCUUUCUUUUGCUCCAAGCCCCUUCUUCUUUUCCCUGUCAGUGGAGUGGGGGUUCAGUGCUUUGCCACCCCCAGUUAAGCUGGGUGCAAGCACUACAUACUAUUGCAGUCCUCCCUUUAGAGCAUCCUUAGAAGCUCUCUUGUGAGAAAGUGAAUUCCUUCUGCUGUUUGUGUUGGUCCGUGCUGACUCAUCUCCUUCCCGAUGUUUCGGGUUAAUUGUGGGCCCAGAAUUAACUUCCCGCUUUGUAGCAGGUGUCAGCCACUGACUUCUACUUUCUUCCUCUACCUGCUCAAUUAAAAUACUCCUGCAGCUCUCCCUUUGUCUCUGUAUGCCAUCCUUAGCUCUUCAGGGCCGGGGUUUCUAGGAAGCUUGUGCUGUUAGUCGUUUCUGCGAGCUCGUGGAAGCAAUGGAUCCGCCUCACGGGGCGUGGCUGACUUUGAGUGUUCAGUUGUCUCCUCAUUAUUAUCAAUGGCUAAGCACUACUGCUGAAUCGCUUCCUGAGUCGCUUCUGUGGGUGCUCUGAGCAAAGUUCACCUGUCCUGUUACCCUGGCACCCGCUGUGGCCCUCGUUAGUUAUCACGUGCUGUAUCGGGGACUCUGCUCACUUGGCAUUUAGAAACACUUGUGAUAGCCCAGGGGCGUGCGCAGCUCUUGCUUUCACCCCUGUUGUUCGUAGUGCAGAUUUAGUGCUGGGCCAAGGUGCCACCUCAGAGGCUGGCUUGUCACGGAGAGGGAGUCCCUGCUGCACCUGCCUUCUUGACGUGUAAGCUUAAGUGGGUUUGCAGUGUGCAGGCCUGAGACCGCUCUGCAAGGUCACGGGCUCUUGUAGAAGGUGCUGGUGUGAGCCAUUGCCAGGUCAGAGGAUCACCCCCUCUCAUCUUUCUGCUGGUGUGCAGCACGUCUUUCCUCUGCCCCCAGCGAGGCUGUUUGCACCUGCGUAUCCUGCAUCCCUACCCCGUGUAGCUGUCCCCGGCUCAGCCCUCACCGGGAAUGCCACCAUCUCUUGGGAGGAGCUGGCGGGGGCCAGGGAGCUGUUUGAGAGCCCCCAGGCACCAGGACCCCACCUCCCCCCGCCUCACGCACCGGGCCACUUCGUCAGGAGACUUGAGAAACACCUCAGGGAGGUCAUUGCUUAUUUUGAACAUUAGUCUGAGCUCACCAUCAGCUGCCAAUCAAUUACCUCACGCCUGGCACAGCACGUGGACGUGCACCGGGCGGUGCCGGAGCAGCACAGCGGAAACGAGGGCUGCCAGGCCCCCGCCGGGCAGGAGGCUCCUUCCUGUUCCAGCACAGGCUCUCCAGCUGGCUGCUCAGCCUUGUGCUUUUCCAUUGCUGCAGCAUGGAGUGCCCUCGCUUGAGCCUGCUCGCUGCUGGGCAGCGGCUGCCUUUCCCCGCUCUGGGAACGGGAUCUCGUGGUGCGCGGGGGCCGGCGCCGUCCUGCGGGUGAUGUGUCUCUGCUGGCAGCCCCUGGUGCGUGCUGGUUGGAAUGCUGCCGGGGUUGUGCCGUGCGCAGGGGCGGCCUUGUAACGCGUCAUGAUUACGUGCUGUACGGCUUUGAUGUUCCCAUAGCUUUUUGUGUCUUGUUUUGGGUCAGGGAACUUAGGCGUAGUACCUUCACAUCAUCCUUUGUUUGCUGCCUAUUCAUUCCAGUGUCCUGGACACCUCAGAAGGGGACCGUGUGAGACAGGGGCGAGUGUGCUCACCCUCUCACCACAUGUACUGCUCAUAGGCAGACCUGCAUCUGCCACGCUACAGCUGCCCCUUGCUCAAAACUUGGUUUCUAGCAUUAGUGCCGCUCAUUUCUGCCUACGCCUUUCCCCUCAUCAGCCAAAUGGACAGAACUGGAGCUGCCUCUUCCUCUCCACCUGGCUUGCUCCUCCCAAGGGAAAAAGCAAAACCACUGCAUUCACACCCUGGACACAAGUAUUAAGCUGCUUACAGUUCAUAUGUACAUAUGGUGUACUUUAUUUUCAGUAGAGCAUUACAUAGUAUGAAAGUGUUGGAUUUUGUACAGAUGUCCCUGUAUGUACAGAACUAAAUAAAACCGAUCUCUUGGAAUGACA